AUGCUCCGCCUCGUCCUCUGCCUGGUGGUCAUCGGCCUGGGCACUGAAACCCACACGGCUGGCAUCCAGGGGCCUGACCGCCUCAUGAUCCGAAUGCGCUACCUCCUAGAUAUUGUUGGCCGCCUGCAAACUCUGGUGGACAAGCUGGGUCCUGCCACGCUGCCAGCCCCGCAGGAUGUCAAGAGGCACUGCGAACGGUCAGCUUUUUCAUGUUUCCAGAAGGAACAACUACGGCCAGUGAGUGCAGAAGAAAAUGAGACCAUUUCUUUACUGACUAAACAGCUGAGGAGAAAACUACCCCCGGCUCCCAAAAACACAGUGAGAAGACAGAGACACAGAGAAGCUUGCCCUUCCUGUGACUCCUACGAGAGGAAGCCGCCCAGAGAAUUCCUAGAGAGACUAAAAUCUCUCCUCCAAAAGGUGAUGGAUGCCACCUUCUCUGCUAACUCCAAGGCUCCCCCUAGAAGCGGCCACUGUCAGUUGUGGAUGCAGCAGUUGGAGUCUGCGCAGGGGCACGUGUCUGGUCUGAGGACACUCCGGUUUCCAGUGCCAAGGCCCGGCCCGUCCUGCCUGCAGCCUCCUACAGAGGAUGUGGGAGGCCGUCCUGAGAUUAUGUUCCUUUUCUUGCGUCUGUGCCUGCGUGUGGAAUUGCCACCGUAUGGCAACUUUGUUCAGUGUUUUGAGAACUGCCCACCUGUUUCUCCAAAACUGCUGUGGGACACUCCUCAGCACGUGCAAGAGUUCCAGCUGCUGCAGUUCCAGUCUGCCCCAUGGCUCAGUUCUCUGCUGUGA